AAGGAGAGGUCACCGAAUAGCAAAAAUACAGUUCCUUGAGAGUCGGUCCGUACGGUGCUAGUCUUCGUUUCCUCUCGGAAUAUCUGAGCGAAAUAAACUACUAAGUCAGUAAAAAUUAAAGUAUUGAUCUGUGUACGAAAAAUGGCUGCUAAAUACCGUAUUGUGAUGGUCCGUCAUGGUGAAUCCGAAUGGAAUCAGAAAAAUCUCUUCUGUGGAUGGUUCGAUGCUAACCUUAGCGAUAAGGGAAAGGAAGAGGCAUUGGCCGCCGGAAAAGCUAUCAAGGAAGCAGGGUUGAAAUUUGAUAUUGCUCAUACAUCCCUUUUAACCCGUGCACAGGUCACCUUGAACUCUAUUCUAACAGAAUCUGGGCAAACAGGAAUUCCAAUUCAGAAGACAUGGCGUUUGAACGAGCGUCAUUACGGUGGUUUAACUGGGUUGAACAAAUCGGAAACCGCGGCAAAAUACGGCGAGGAUCAAGUAUUAAUCUGGCGUCGUAGCUUUGAUGUUCCACCGCCAAAUAUGGAACCAGACCAUGCAUACUAUAAUGCUAUAGUUAAAGAUGAUCGCUACAAAGGGGAUCCAAAACCAGAAGAAUUUCCGAUGGCCGAAUCUCUUAAGCUAACUAUUGCGCGUACACUGCCUUAUUGGAACGAUGUUAUCAUUCCACAACUCAAGGAGGGCAAGAACAUCAUUGUUGCUGCCCACGGAAAUAGCCUCCGUGGUAUUGUUAAGCAUCUAGACCAGAUGACCGAUGAAGCAAUCAUGGGUUUAAAUUUGCCAACCGGUAUCCCGUUUGUCUACGAACUGGAUGAAAGUUUGAAACCUGUGGUCUCUAUGAAAUUCCUCGGGGACGAAGAAACUGUUCGAAAAGCUAUUGAAUCUGUUGCAAACCAAGGCAAAGCUAAGUAAAAUAUUUGAGUUUAGACAGCGAUAUAUUGAUUACUAAUUUAUUAUAACUUGCACCAUUUAGAUGAAAUCGUGGACAAAUUUGUAGAAUUAUCACAUACGAAAAAAGUAAUCAAUAAACAUUAAGUAAUUAUACCAUCUAAUCCUUUUGAAACUGUUGAUGUUAAUAAACCAAAGCAUUGAAGUAUUCAUCAUACAUAAAAUGUUUCAAAAAUA